AAACAAUAUAUGCAGUUCAUAGUAUUGAAAUUAAUAAAUUAUUAUAAUCUGUAAAUAUUUUCUGUUGUGAAGCUAAUUGUCACGUAAAUAAAAGGAAACAUGCCAGAUAUAAAAGUAACGCCUUUAGGAGCUGGGCAAGAUGUUGGUAGAAGUUGCAUAUUAGUAUCAAUGGGUGGGAAAAACAUAAUGUUGGAUUGUGGUAUGCAUAUGGGUUUUAACGAUGAAAGAAGAUUUCCAGAUUUUUCAUACAUCGUUCCUGAAGGGCCAGCAACAAAUUAUAUCGAUUGCGUUAUUAUAUCGCACUUUCAUUUAGAUCACUGCGGAGCUCUUCCAUAUUUCACUGAAAUGGUGGGAUACACAGGACCAAUAUAUAUGACACAUCCAACAAAGGCCAUUGCACCAAUAUUAUUGGAAGAUAUGAGAAAAGUCGCCGUGGAACGUAAGGGUGAAAGUAACUUCUUUACUUCACAAAUGAUAAAAGAUUGUAUGAAAAAGGUUGUAGCAGUAACUUUGCAUCAAUCGGUCAUGGUUGAUUCAGAGCUUGAAAUAAAAGCUUAUUAUGCAGGCCAUGUACUUGGUGCUUCGAUGUUUUGGGUAAGGGUUGGCUCGCAAUCUAUAGUAUAUACGGGUGAUUAUAAUAUGACACCGGAUAGACAUUUAGGAGCUGCGUGGAUAGACAAAUGUAGACCCGACCUUCUUAUAUCAGAAUCUACUUAUGCCACUACGAUAAGAGAUUCAAAAAGAUGCAGAGAACGAGAUUUUCUUAAAAAAGUGCACGAAUGUAUAGAUAAAGGUGGCAAGGUAUUGAUUCCAGUAUUUGCACUGGGACGAGCUCAAGAAUUAUGUAUAUUGUUAGAAACUUACUGGGAACGAAUGAACCUGAAGGUUCCUGUAUAUUUUGCUCUUGGUUUGACAGAAAAAGCUAAUAAUUAUUACAAAAUGUUUAUUACUUGGACAAAUCAGAAAAUUAAAAAAACUUUUGUGCAAAGAAAUAUGUUUGAUUUUAAGCAUAUUAAGCCAUUUGAUAAAUCGUAUGUUGAUAAUCCCGGAGCUAUGGUUGUUUUUGCCACACCUGGAAUGCUGCAUGCUGGCUUGUCAUUACAAAUUUUCAAAAAAUGGGCUCUCAAUGAAGCUAAUAUGGUUAUAAUGCCUGGAUUUUGCGUACAAGGCACCGUGGGUCAUAAAGUAUUAAACGGUGCUAAAAGAAUAGAAUUUGAAAAUCGUCAAAUAGUUGAGGUUAAAAUGGCUGUUGAAUAUAUGUCUUUUUCUGCUCAUGCUGAUGCAAAGGGUAUUAUGCAAUUAAUACAAUAUUGCGAACCAAAAAAUGUAAUGUUAGUUCAUGGAGAAUUUACUAAAAUGGAAUAUUUAAAAGAUAAAAUUAAACAAGAAUUUGGAACAAAUUGUUAUAAUCCAGCAAACGGAGAAACAUGUGUUAUUACUACAACGUCAAAAGUCCCUGUCGAUGCUUCAUUGGCACUUUUGAAAUCCGAAGCCAAGCGGUACUCUGCAUUACCUCCUGAUCCUAAAAGACGAAGGUUACUACAUAGUGUAUUGAUGUGCCGAGAGGAUGGAAUCUGUCUUGUUGAUGCUGAGGAGGUUUCAAAAGCGGCUGGAAUUACAAAGCAUGUGGUGAGAUUUACAUCAACUAUACAAGUUAGAGAUCCUGGACCAGCGCAUUCAACAACUCGAAAGUUACUGCAGCCAUUACAAGAAAGACUGUCGGGCUGGACAGUUCAGCUCACAGAUGGUUCAAUAUCAGUUGAAUCAGUUUUGGUGAAAGUGGAAGGAGAUGAAGAUGAUCAAAAGAGUGUAUAUGUAUCUUGGACAAAUCAAGAUGAGGAUUUAGGAAGUUAUAUUCUUGGUUUUUUACAAACUAUGCUCAGUUAGAAUUAUUUUUAUUAAAACA